AUGUCCUGGUCCGUGUUGACGUCCGCAUCGGCCGUCCUGAAGUCGACGCUGCUGCGCCGCUCCAAGCGCAGCGUGCACUUCAACGACCCCAAGUUCCCGCUGCAGUGGCACCUGAACAACCGCAGGAGCCCCGGCAAGGACAUCAACGUGACGGGCGUGUGGGAGCGCAACGUGACGGGCCGCGGCGUCACCGUGGUCGUGGUGGACGACGGCGUGGAGCACACGGUCAAGGACAUCCAGCCCAACUACUGCCCGGAGGGGAGCUACGACCUCAACUCCAACGACCCCGACCCCAUGCCGCACCCGGACGAGGAGAACGGCAACCACCACGGCACGCGCUGCGCCGGCGAGAUCGCGGCCGUGCCCAACAACAGCUUCUGCACCGUGGGGGUGGCCUACGGGAGCCGCAUCGCCGGCAUCCGCGUGCUGGACGGGCCCCUCACCGACAGCAUGGAGGCCAUCGCCUUCAACAAGCACUACCAGAUCAACGACAUCUACAGCUGCAGCUGGGGUCCAGAUGACGACGGGAAAACUGUGGAUGGCCCCCAUCAGCUGGGAAAGGCGGCCCUGCAGCACGGCGUCAUAGCAGGUCGCAGGGGCUUCGGGAGCAUCUUCGUGGUGGCCAGUGGCAACGGUGGGCAGCACAGCGACAACUGCAACUACGACGGCUACGCCAACUCCAUCUACACGGUCACGAUAGGCGCGGUGGACGAGACGGGCUCCAUGCCCUUCUACGCCGAGGAAUGYGCCUCCAUGCUGGCCGUGACCUUCAGCGGCGGGGACAAGAUGAUGAGGAGCAUCGUGACCACGGACUGGGACCUGCAGAAGGGCACGGGCUGCACGGAGGGCCACACGGGCACGUCGGCUGCUGCCCCGCUCGCCGCCGGCAUGAUCGCGCUGAUGCUGCAGGUGCGGCCGUGCCUCACGUGGCGAGACGUGCAGCACAUCAUCGUGUUCACCGCCACCAAGUACGAGGAUCGGCACGCCAAGUGGGACGUGAACGCGGGCGGCUUCAGCCACAGCCACCAGCACGGCUUUGGCCUGCUGAACGCCUGGCGCCUCGUCAACGCUGCCAAGAUCUGGGAGUCCGUUCCGUACCUCGCCUCGUACGUGAGCCCCGUGCUGAGGGAAGGCAAGAGCAUCCCGCUGCUCCCGCAGGAGCUGCAGGUCGCGUGGAACGUCAGCGCCGCCGACCUGCAGCUCUCCGGCAUGAGAACCCUGGAGCACGUGGCCGUCACCGUCACCAUAACCCACCCGCGCCGCGGCAACCUGGAGAUCAGGCUCUUCUGCCCCAGCGGCAUGAUGUCCCUCAUAGGGACCACGAGGAGCAUGGACUCGGACCCCAAUGGCUUCGCCGACUGGACCUUCUCCACGGUGCGGUGCUGGGGCGAGGAGGCGCAGGGCACGUACAGACUCGUCGUCAGGGACACGGGGGAUGAGAGCCUGCGAGCUGGCACGCUGAGGCAGUGGCAGCUGACGCUCUACGGCUCCUCCUGGUCCCCGGCGGAGAUGCGGGAGCGGCAGAGGCUGCUGGAAGAAGCCAUGAGCGGGCAGUACCUGCACAGCAACUUCUCGCUGCCGUGCCCUCCGGGGCUGGAGAUCCCCGAGGAGCAGCGCUACACCAUCACGGCCAACACGCUCAAGACGCUCCUGCUGCUGGGCUGCUUCGCUGUGUUCUGGACCUUCUACUACAUGCUCGAGGUGUGCCUGGCRCGCAGCACCGUGGCGCUCGACCUGCCCUGCCACGGCGCCGCCGCCUGCAGAUGGUACCAGCAGCGCGCCAGGCGCAGGGCCCCGGAGAGCGGCCUCGACAUGGAGGCCGUGCCGCUCUGCGGCGCCAAGGACGCGGAGGACGUUGAGAUCGAGUGCGAGGCGCCGGGCCCGGCGCAGGAGGCCGCGCAGGAGGAGCGGGCCUGGGCGCCCGGCCUCCCCCGAGCUCCCGGCGCCCACAGAGGCACCGGCUGCCCGGAGGCCGGAGCGGGCGGCCUCAGCGGGGAGGCCGCGGCCGAGCUGCUCUGCGAGGAGGGGCAGCAGCAGCAGCGCUGCUAG